UCGUAGAAGAAGCCGACAUAGUUGAAAAGGAAGAUAGCGAAGACUGAAUUUUGAUGAAAAUACGCAACAUACGCCAAGUAAAUGAAGCGAUAAAUGGUGCAAAAGUCGCUUGAUACAGUCUUGCAACAUACUACGCAUAAUAUCUUCAGAAAUCCGUUCGAUUUAUUCGGGAGGACACGUGAGAUAGCUGGUCGGCUUUCGAGGGAAACAAUGCAUGGUGAUUUGAGCGCGCACCUGCCCAUGCUGUGUCAUCGAUGGUGAUUUCAAAUCAUUCGACUCUUCCCAAGACCGGUAUUAAGAAAGCUGUAUUGUGAUAUAUUGUGUGUGUUGCUGUAGUAAACAGACUCAAACAUGUUUAUCGAAACAUUAGAAUUCACAAUUCCAGUGGAUUUGUGUGACCUAUUUUCCACUUUGAAAAGGGGGCCAAGAUCAAAUCUUGAAUUCCCGGCAUCGGUGAACUCGUAUGGUACAACGCAAGAUGCCAACAUUCAGGUAGCUCUAAGAUCAAACAAAUUGACGUUCAAAGUGGACGGUGUGUCGUCAAAUUCAAGCAUGAUAUCAAAGAGUGAAUGUAAGACAUUAAAAUUGUCUGUUUUUGAUGUGGACUGUUCCUUAGCCCCAGCAGAACAGAACAUAAUCAUGUCUAUGUCUGAAAAUACACAUUCUUCAAUAAGUCACAAAAGAUCAUAUGACUUUUCUGUGCCAGUGUCUUCUCCAGCUCCUAAGAGUAGAAGGAUUUCAGAACCAGUGCAAUCUCGCCACAUUCCUCAACCAGAAAACACCUCACGUCCGUCCAACAACUCUCAAUCAAAAUCUGCAGUUGAUCCACCAGUGAAUGUGAAACAAGAACCAGAAGAUCCAGAUUUAAUAGAAAUAGAACCGGACUCAGAAUUGAACGAUAUCGUGCCAAAGAAAGAGACUCCAUACAUGCAAAUAGACUUCUCAUCAGGUGUACCUCAUACGCAAACGUCCCAAGCAGCUCUAGAUCGACUCUCUCAUCCACAAUCAUCGCAUUCUCAAUCACCCGCAUCAUCAUCAUCGUCCUUCCACCAAAAUGUUCCACAUGUGCCAGAUUACUCCGAACCCAGUACUAGUCAAGUUCAUCAUGGUGACCAAAGUGCAGAUGACUUUUUAGUAUUUCAAGACGACAAUGACUACGGCGACGAUAACGAUAAUGAAGCAGAUUACAGUAAUGACGAUUGGGAUCAUGUGACUGAAGGCGGUAAAGGGGAUAGAAGUAAAUGUCCAAAGUCCUCUGCCCCUAAAUCAGCAGUGGGUGGUGUCCAUUGCCCUGGACAUGGCAAGGCUUCUCAUGCCUUGUCUCCUGCCCACUUGCCUGAACGGGAUGGCAGCAGGAGAUCUGAAGGCUCCCACACCAGACAUGACUUAUCUACCUCCCGUGAUCAUCAGAAUAGACCUGAAUCAGUUGAGAAAGAAACAUGUGACUCUGCAAGCAUAUCCGACAUGCUAGAGUCGCCACAGUCCAGUGUAGAAGAUUAUGACACAAUUGAGGUGUUGAAUAUCAGCAAGGAGGGUAAAAGUAAGAAGGUGUUUGUUUAUUCGAAGAGUGCUGCUAGCCGUUCUCCCGAGCGAGUUACAUUUGAUCUUGUUCCAACCUCAAAGCCUUAUUCUGCAUCAGAACACGCAUACAACCGAAGGGACAAAAACACUGCUAGCCGUUCACCUGAGCAAGUUACAUUUGAACCUGUUCCAACCUCAAAGCCUUAUUCUGCAUCAGAACACGCAUAUGCAUGCAGCAAGAGGGACCGUGGUACCCAUCAGAAACAUCUAACCCUGACUAGCAGGAAGGAUGACAAGCCACCAACAACCAAACUCGUUCAGGACAAUCCUGUUCCGCCAAAGGUCCUCAGCAUUAUCGUCAAUGGCGAGGUGAUGUUUUCUUGUUCAGUCUGUGGGCACGUGUCCCCGAAGAUAUCUGAAAUAGAUCAACAUAUCAUGGCUGCUCACAAUAAGAUCCCUGACCAACAACCGACGGGGUCUUCUUCAUCUAUUGAAAGCUGUUACAGAUACAAUAAACCACAUGGUUGGUGGUGCUUGCUCUGCAGUCAUAUCGAACACGAUCGCAGCAGCAUGGUGAGGCAUGUACAGUAUGCCCACUUCGGGAAAACCAGUGAUGCUCCUGUUCCUCAAGCAACACCAAGUUCCACUGCUUCAACCAAAGAAUCUAGUUCUUCUUCGGAAAAAAGCCCAGUUGUCAAGCCCCCUUCGAAAUCUUGCUCAAAGUCCAAAAGCGGAAAAGCAAAGACGGAUCCAGAAAGUCCAAGUGAUGAUGCUAUGAGGUUCAACUGUGUCACAUGUGAUUAUCACACAAACAAAAAGAGCCAUUUUGAUAGACAUACCAUGAGUCUUAUGCAUAUCAAGUUGUUGAGUGCACCAGCUAAUAAGACCAAACCUCCUAAAAAGAAGUUGAAUGAGAAUACCGUCACACAGAAGUGUUACCGUUGUCCUAACUGCAAAUAUUCUUGUACUAGCGAGUCUAAGUUUAAUGCCCAUAAAUUAGUCCAUGUUGAUAGUUCUCGGAAAUGUAUGAUUUGCAAGAGAGCUUUCUACAGCAAGUUCCACCUCCAACAGCACAACAGUGCCAAGCACCCAGAGAAGAGAAAAGCCUCACUGGCAAAGAAAAAACCCCAAACAACUGGUAAUGAAAAGCCCGCUUCAUUAAACACAAAGGUUUCUUCCCCGAGCAAGUUGAUCUGUGGCAUUUGUGGUAAGACUUUCACCCAGAAACAGAAUCUCGAGGUUCAUGUGCUCACACACUUACCCAAGGUCCAUCACUGUGAAUUCUGUAAUAAACGUUUUGCUUUCAGCCAGGCAUUAAUGAAACACAAAGAGGUUUGCACGGAGAAGGUCACUGUUGAUGAACUUGAAAUAGAAAUUGACAAUCCUGAAGAGAAUUCAGAAAUGGAGGAUGAAGGAGAAAAUGAAGAUUUCAGACAGUGUGAAAAAACUGACGAUUUUGAAAAGAAUCUGGAAACUGAGAAUGUUGAAGAGAAGCUGGAAGAUGCUGGAGUUAAAAUCGCCGGGCAGGACAGCCUGCCUGGAUCUGAUGAUUUGUUGGACAUUCAGGUUAAGGAGGAACCGAGUGAUGUCCAGGAACCUUUGUGAACUAGGGGUGGUAGGGUAGUUUUGUGGUUAAAGCGUUAGCUCGCCAUGCCAUAGACACCAGGUUUGAUUCCCUACAUGGGUACUAUGUAUGAAUUCCAUUUCUGGUCUCCCCCCUUCGUGAUACUGCUGGACUAUCGCAAGAAUUAACAUAAAACCUCGUUCAUGUACGCUGUGUCACCUGAUCUUGUUAAAGUUUAUCUUAGUUUUUAUAGUCAGUCAUCAUGAUGACUCCUAAUUUGUCAGGGCACUUGGGUAGCCUAAUAGUUAAAGCAUCUGUUCGUCACGCUGAACACCCAGGUUCGAUUCCCCACAUGGGUACAAUGUGUGAAGCCCAUUUCUGGUGUCCCCCGCCGCGAUAUUGCUGGAAUAUUGCUAAAGGCGGCAUAAAACCAUAAUCACUGACUCAUUCACCAAAUUUGUCAGUUCGUAUGGAAAAUUGAGGCAGCAUUUUCUUGUCAGUAUUUGAUUUUAUUGGUAUGUCAUGGUACAUGAAAAGAAGACUCUCAUUUAAGAAGUGGGGCGGUGGUGUAGCCUUGUGGUUAAAGCUUUCUUACCUCUCUGAAGACAUGGUUCUCCGUAAGAGUACUAGUGGUGGUCCAAUUAAUU